AUGCCAACAGAAAAUGAAGAAGAUCGAGAAAACGUGCCAAUGGAUGUGAAUAUUGCUGGUGUAAAGCAGGACAUAUUAUCAACAACCAGAUCAGAACCACCAUUAACCGAAUAUGUGGUAUUACCGGAUGGCAUUGACGCAGACGAAGCGUGGAAAGCGAUGACUGAAGAGGAAGAAUCAUUGGUGCAAGAAGAACAAAGUCUUAAGAAAGAAAUUGAAGAGGUCAAAGCUUAG